UCAGAUUCAAUGGAUUGUGCUAAGCUAUGCUAAAAGCGCUAGCGCCAGACCCAGAGAUCAGCUGAAUGGAUUUCAAAAAUGUGUAAAUCUGCAUGUGUAAAUCUCUAAAAUCAAACUCUUGAAUUAGAUUGGGUACAUUUGAUAUGUUCACAUUUUUAAGAUGUGUAAUAUUAUUGUGUUUUAGUGUCAGGAACUGGAAGCUCCUGUUCUUCAACUUUGAACUUUUUUCUCCAGAUUCUGCUCGAUAUGAAUCUGCUGCACAAGCCCUGCCUGAAUUAUCGGAUAUUGACGAUUAUUCUCAGGUAUUCGAAGAAAAGUAUAGAUGCAAGAGAAAGGCAGAUUCUGAUUUACCACAAUGGGAAUCUGAUCUCCAUAAAGAUCCUUUACUUCAGCUGAUUUCUCUUCAAAAAGCUUCAGGCUGCUGGGAACUGAACGCUGCUUUGGCUCGAGUGUUUGGAAAGACUGAAGAUGAGCUGACCAAUCAGAAACCAGCACAGGUGGAUGGGUCAGUGUGGGCCACUCUUCUGUCUCUCAUCUGGUUAUACGGCUAUAAAAUACAGCAACAGAUUGAGUGGCAGUUUGUGGCCAUGAAGGCGGCGUCAUGGAUCGGCUCUCAGAACGUGGUCAGUCUGUCUCAGUGUGUGUGUGAUGGGAAUCAUCUACUGGGAUGUCAGGUGAAAGAAGAGACUUUGGGAAUCUGAAGACUUCAGUGUUUCUACUUUCUGUGAUGUCAGAAGGCCAAAGAUCUCUUAUGAAUAUUAAGUUCAUUUACAGUAUUAGCUGUUCAGAAAAACAUGUUUUAGACAUAUUACUGUUUUUCUUGUCUAGCAGUCUUUAUAUUUCAGUUCAGUUAUUAGAGAUGUUGGAUUAAGCUCUAGUCCCAGACUAGACUGAAUGUGUGAGCUGUCCUAACUGAACACAGCUUGCAUCUUAAAAUAUAUCAAUGUCAUUGUUUUGUCUCAAGAUACACACCAGUGAUGUGUUUGAAAGGCUUGAAAAACACUUUCUAACAAGAGUCCAGUGAAACUUCUUAGUUUAAGACAUUUUUAACUUUUGAAAUGAAAAAUAACCGAUCUGAAAACCUUUAUGUAAAACUGUCUGUUAUUAUUUUAAAUGUUUUCAAUAAAAUUGUGUGUGUCCUAAA